CAUGGCAAUAACUAGCUCAGGACGAGAGAGCGGUGUUAAUGGAUCUGCAAGGCAUCUGAGAACGCGCCCAGCUUUGCAGAGCCCGGCCCAGCUCUGCUUUCAUUGCUGCUCCCGCUGCCACACUGCAACGCCAGUGCUCGCUUUUAAACCCAUCUCUCUCUCUUCUUCUUCUUCUUCUCCUAUUCUUCUCGCCAGAUCCGAUCCAUGAAGGGCUUGAUCUCUUUGUUUUGAUAGAUUUGUUGUUAUUGUUCAUUGAUCGGAGAUCGGAGAGGGAUGAAUCCGUUGUGCUGCAUUGCGCCAGUGUCGCUGGAACCAGGGGAGAAGAGGAGCCAGCCUGUGGUGGCGUUGAAGACGAGCAAGCUGCCGGUUGGGCUUGGGAUCGAUGUUCCGGCGAGGAAUUCGCUGAUGAAGCAGGGGACGGCACCGUCGAGUCCAAUGCCGGUGGUGGAUUUGGAGUUUAAGGGGGAGGAGGUGGCGGGGAUUUUGUAUAAGUGGGUGAACUAUGGGAAGGGGUGGAGGGCGAGGUGGUUUGUGUUGAGGGAUGGGGUGCUUUCUUACUAUAAGGUGCAUGGGCCGGAUAAGAUAUCGAUGGGCCGUCUUGUGAGGUUUGGGGUGAGGGUGAUCGGGGAGGAUUCGAUGAGGAGGGUGAGGAAAGAGCAAGGGAAUGGGGUGCCUGUGAAGGAGUGGAAGCCUUUUGGGGAGAUACAUUUGAAGGUUUCCUCAAUUCGAGCUAGCAAGUCAGAUGAUAAAAGGCUUUACAUUUUCACUGGUACAAAAACACUUCAUUUACGGAGUGAUUGUAGAGAAGAUCGGAGUGCAUGGAUUGAGGCAUUGCUGUCUGCAAAAGAGUUAUUUCCUCGUGUGCUGACGACAAGCAGUGACUUUGAUCCAUCUUUAGAUAUUACUGUCUCAACUGAGAAGCUACGAGGACGAUUACAGCAGGAAGAGCUUGGUGAAAUGGCGAUCAAGGAGUGUGAGUCCAUCAUGCUAUUAGAACUUUCUGAGCUACACAACCAUUUGAAGUCUCUUCAACAAAAACAUAUCCUCUUACUAGAUAGACUUAGACAGUUAGAGACAGAAAAGGUAGAGCUGGAAACCACGGUAAUUGAUGAAACCAAGGAGCGGGAUUCACAUAUGCUGAAUGGAAGAUUUAGUGAUUUUUAUUCAGUUAUGUCAGAGGGAAGUGCAUCUGAUUCUGACGCGGAUAAUGAAAGUCAGGGUGCAGAUGUGGAGACUGAUGAAGAGGAUGGAAUUUAUUUUGACACAAGUGAUUUCUUAUCUUCUGAAUCCCUGAGAAGUGGCUCUUAUCGCAGUAGAGAUUCUAUGGGUAAUAAUUGUUUUUACUUGCCAUAUGGAAGGGAUUCAACUUCUUCUGAUGUUAUGCAUGGAAAUUCUGUUGGAGUCAAGAUUCCGGAGUAUCCAUUUGUAAAGAGGAGAAAAAAAUUACCUGAGCCAAAGGAAAAAGAGAAACCUGUUGGACUUUGGUCAAUAAUCAAAGAGAAUAUAGGUAAAGAUCUUUCGGGUGUGUGUCUUCCUGUGUACUUUAACGAGCCUCUUUCUUCCUUGCAAAAAUGCUUUGAAGAUCUUGAGUAUUCAUACUUGGUUGAUCGAGCACUGGAAUGGGGCAAGCAGGGAAACAAUUUAAUGAGGAUUCUUAACAUUGCGGCCUUUGCUGUUUCUGGAUAUGCUUCAACAGAAGGUAGGCAAUGCAAACCCUUUAACCCUCUCCUAGGAGAGACAUAUGAGGGUGAUUAUCCUGAUAAAGGUCUUCGCUUCUUUUCUGAAAAGGUUAGUCACCACCCAAUGGUUGUUGCUUGUCAUUGUGACGGUAUGGGAUGGAAAUUUUGGGGUGAUUCCAACCUUAGAGGGAAGUUCUGGGGUCGGUCUAUUCAGCUUGAUCCUAUAGGUGUUCUGACCCUGCAGUUUGAGGAUGGUGAGAAAUUUCAGUGGAGUAAAGUUACCACUUCCAUCUAUAACAUUAUACUGGGAAAAAUCUAUUGCGAUCAUUAUGGUACCAUGCGCAUAAAAGGUAGUGGACAGUACUCUUGCAAACUGAAGUUCAAAGAACAAUCUAUCAUUGACCGAAAUCCUCAUCAGGUGCAUGGAUUUGUUCAAGACAACAAAACUGGGAACAAGGUUGCCAUGCUGAUAGGGAAAUGGGAUGAAGCUAUGUACUAUGUACUUGGGGACCCAAGUACAAAGCCGAAGGGAUAUGAUCCAAUGUCAGAAGCAGUACUUCUCUGGGAGCGACACAAGACCGUGAAUCAAACACGAUACAACCUUACACCCUUUGCUAUCUCAUUGAACGAGUUGGCACCUAGUUUGUUAGAGAAGUUGCCUCCAACUGAUUCUCGUCUCAGGCCUGAUCAGCGGCAUUUAGAAAAUGGCGAAUAUGAGUUAGCCAAUGCCGAGAAGCUCAGGCUUGAGAAUUCACAAAGACAGGCGAGAAGAAUGCAGGAAAAAGGAUGGCAGCCGAGGUGGUUCAGGAAAGACAGCGAGGAUGAUUGUUACCGAUACGUUGGGGGCUACUGGGAAGCGAGAGAGCAAAGAAAAUGGGAUGGAAUUCCGGAUAUUUUCAGGCAGCACACCACCCAAAUCUAUGUCGAGUAAGAUCUUUUGAGCUUUGUUUGCAUAUUUCUUUCGGUUCCCCUUAUUGUAUCGUUCCGAUACUGAUUCGGGAACUCUGUUGUAUACCUACUACAUGUUUUGCCAUAGUCUUCUUUCUACACUAGUGUUAACAGAUGAUAGGAUGAAAUUAUUGAAAGUUCUCUUUGCCAUGUUUCCAUUUUCUGCCAAAAAUAGAAUUUAAGUUGAAAGACCAACUUUGUGCUAUAAAUGGAAGCUUGAUGUUUGAAUUUUGUUAUUUUUA